AUGCUGAUACUAACGACUUUCACCUACCUAUUACUGGGUGCGGCUGUCUUCGAUCUAUUGGAAAGCGAAACGGAAAGCUAUGUACGGGAAGAAAUUGCAUUUAUUCGAGAAAAACUUCAAAGGAAAUACAAUUUUACCCAGCGGGAUUUCAAACUUUUUGAGUCGGUCGCUAUCAAGAGCAUUCCGCACAAAGCCGGUUUUCAAUGGCAGUUUUCUGGAGCGUUCUAUUUCGCGACAGUUGUCAUCACCACUGUGGGUUACGGCCAUUCUGCUCCAGAGACUAUGGCAGGUCGAUUCUUUUGUAUGAUCUUCGCUCUCGCAGGGAUACCACUUGGAUUGAUCAUGUUUCAGUCUAUAGGCGAACGUGUAAACACAUUCAUCGCCUAUUGUUUACAUAAGAUGCGAAAUUACCUGCAAUCGCGCGGAGUUAACUGCCUUCGUGAGGUUACACCGACACAUCUUCUUGUUGUCUCGCUAUCAAUCGGAGGAAGUAUUAUGAUUAUAGGAACGAUCACAUUCCAUAACGAAGAGCGUUGGACUCUCUUCGAUGCUUACUAUUACUGCUUCAUCACAUUGUCAACAAUCGGAUUUGGCGACCUAGUGCCUCUUCAGCAGGGAUCAGCCCUUCAACGACAACCCAUCUACGUAAUUUUCACCUUGCUCUUCGUUCUUCUAGGAUUGGCAGUCUUUUCGGCUUGUGUGAAUCUUCUGGUCUUAGGAUUUAUGGCUCCAAACGCUGAUGUGGUAACGGCAGCGAUUAGGGAGCCGCAAAGCACCAUUAUAUUUGAAAGAUUCGCAAGGUUAGGAAACUUUCCUCUUCCUGAUGUUUCUUUGCUAGAAUUUCCACAAAUACAAAACCGGUUCUCUGCAUGA